GGGGGACUUGGGGAAAUUUUGGGAGUCGAGGAAUCGAUUCUCCAAGUCCACACAAAGUUGAUGGUCCAUGUAUCCCAACGGCUAGUUCCCCGUAUAUAUCAGUACGGCCGACCGGUGCUCUGCGAUCUCGGUGAGGCUCGUUUCCAAAAAGGUAGUCAUACAGACGAUAUUCAGCCCUAUCAAUACCGUGCCUCCGAAGUGAUCUUGAACAUCCCUUUGGAUGAGAAGGUGGAUAUUUGGAAUGUCGCAGUCCUAACUUGGGAUUUGUUCGAGCAUGGCAACCUAUUCAAAACUACAGGCGGAGCUGAGAACAAGGAAGACAAUGUCUACCGUCUUGCCUAUAUGAUCGCGUUGCUUGGUCCCCCUCCCAAAGACUUGCUGCAGCAAAGUCGAUCUGAUCAGCUGUGACAAUGGUAUGACAAGGAGGAUGGUAAUUGGAAAGGGGUCGC